AUGUAUGGGGAAGGAGCUGACGUGGUUGUCCCGGGGACAAUGGAAAGCUGGCUCGUUAAAAGCAACGACAACAGCCAGGACAUUAUUGCUCGCUUUGCAAUCCACGCGAUCCUGCCUCCCGAAGUCAGCGGGGGAGAAAGAUUUAACACAGCUGAUAACUGUCUCCCAUCGAGCUGGUCAGAGAAGUGGCCCAUCAUUUGCGAAUAUUUCGGCUCACGAGGAGUUGCUCCAACGAAUGGAUCUGGGCCGGAUCCACACGGCUUCAGUGAGAAUCGGAAGGAGUGGUCGAAGAUGGAGAAGAAAUAUGGCCUACAACCGGACGUUUCGGAGAAAAUACUCGGAGUGUCGUGA